CGUCCUCACACUAUGACUUCUUUACGUAUUUUUGGACGGAGCUGUGGCCAGAUACAUCCAGGUAUGGCACGAGUGUGGUCAGAUACAUUUGAGAUACUUCUAGUUAAUGAUGAUGAUGAUGAUGCUCAUAAUGAUGAUGAUGAUGAUGAUGUCAACAAUGCUGCUGAUGAUGAUGAAGAUGAUGAUGAUGAUGAUGAUGAUGAUGAUGAUGAUGAUGAAGAUGAUGAUGACGCACCAAUGAAGAUGCUCAUAAUGAUGAUGGUGAUGUCAGUAAUGCUGCUACUGCUGCUGCUGCUGAUGAUGAUGAUGAUGAUGACGCAUGAUAGCCAUACCACUCCGCUGGGCCCAAAGGAAGCUCUGGUUGAAAAGCACGCCAGCCUCCAUAUUGAUGAUGAUGAUGAUGACGAUGAUGAUGAUGAUGAUAAUGAUGAAGAUGAUGAUGAUGGUGAUGAUAAUGUGGACAUGCGAGUGGCUGAAGCUCUUCGUGAUGAGUUGGAGUAUCAGGCGAAGAGCUAUAGGACCCCUAGGUUGGUGACUAGAGGGCCUCCUCGUCCUUUUGAGAUUCGAGACAAGCCUGGAACAGGAGCUAUCCUUCUCUAUCGAUCUUUUGGCGGGAAAGAGGACAUCGCCGUUGCCUAUUGCUUGCAGCCGGAUGAUUACAAGGAGCCUCCAUCAAUUUGGAAGAAGGUAGAAGAUGAACUGGAUGGGGUCAUUGAUGAAGACAAACCCUUUCCUCCCUCUCCUGUCGCGUUUACUGUGACCGUCGUUAAGGGUUUGAUUGGUCCCAUGCUCGAAUUGCAAUGCUCUAUCGUUGAUGCUGGUGAUGGCGGCGACGCAAUGCUUGUGAACGUCGAUCAUGUCUGCCUCGAGGUUGCCGAUGACAGCGAAGUCAGAGGGAUUGGCUAUGUCGGCCCGGAGUACAGUGUGCUGGACAAGGAUAUGAAAGAUGGCUUCGACGAGUUCUUGAAUGUCAGAGGGAUUAAUGCGAAUCUCGCGCGGUUUAUCGUCGUAAGCCUUCGGGACAAACAGCAGAGGGAAUACACGAGGUGGCUCGAGCAGGAUGAUGAUGAUAACGAUGAUGAUGUGGAUGAUAGUGACGAUGAUGAUGAUGAUGAUAAUGACGAUGAUGAUGAUGAUGAUGAUAGUGACAAUAGUGACGAUGAUGAUGAUGAUGAUGAUGAUGAUGAUGAUGAUUAUGAUUAUGAUGAUGAUGAUGAUAGUGACGAUGAUGAUGAAGGUCGUGAGGACAAUGGUGAGGAUGAAGGACCAGGAGGAGGAGGAGGAGGAGGAGGAGAAGGAGGAGGAAGAGGAGGAGGAGGAGGAGGAGGAGGAGGAGGACUAGGAGGAGAACGAUGUGGCUGAUUGGAAUGAUGGUGAGAGUUCAGGUUGUCCCGAGAGGUACGGGGAAGGCGGCUUCUAAUCCCCGCGGACGUCCCCGGCCCUAUCUCCUCCAUGAUGGGAGCUUGACCUCCCCCUGUCGUCUUCACCCACAUAGAAUGCCUGGUCAUUAUAUCUGAAUGUAGGGCAAUUUAAGACUAGAUACAGGCAUAAUUAGGGGGCGAUCAAUUCCGAUAUUGAAAGAAACUGCCCAAGGAAAUAAAAAAGUAACUUGUCA